AUGGUCAAUGCAACUUCCAAAGAGGUAGUUUCUGUUAAUAAUGCGAGUCCUGCCGAUGAACCGACAGUGCUAUGUAUUGUGAAGGAUGAGACGACAGCGAACUGGAAACACAACACUCACACGGUUAAUUUGCCAGCUUCCACACCAGUACACGAACUUUAUUCUCAUGUAGCUAAGCAAGUUAACUAUGAAGAGGACUCUUUUCUUCUAGUGUGGUGUAAUACGGCCGGAGGAGGAAGCAGCGAGGAUGAAGUUAUUCUCAAUGCGGAAAAGAACAAAUCAUUGCAAGAAGUUGGUUUGGCAUCGAAUGGAAAAAAGAAUAAUUUCUUACUAAAAGAUAAAGAUGGAGUGCAACCAAGGAAAAGCAAGGUUGGUGAAUUAGUAGCCGUUUACUACGCGUUGCCAAACAAAAACAUCUCAUCAAUCGAUGUUAAUUAUAUUGAUUUCUUCAGAGAGAGGCUUUGAUUUCUCGAACUAUCGGUUUAGUUAGACUCACCGUAUAUUAUUUCUAUUUUAAGCCUAGUACAACAACUUAAGCUUUUAGUCUAUAUUCUUUAAUAGUUUGAGACCUUCAAAUCUACAUAGUAACGACAAUAUGUCAAAUUUUCCUGGAAGUCAUAAAAAGAGUUCUGAAAGACUUCUAAAUUAUUGGAGAAAAAAUAAUGUUAAGCACGGUGCAUUCCACUGAGCUUUAAAAAUUUGUUGGAACUAAGACUUCUAUUAUUUAACUGUAAGGUGCCAACAAAAGAUUUCAUUAGCAAAUGAUACUUUGGGGUUAAAACUUUAAAACCGUAUCUUAAUCCUAGCUUAGUGGUAAAGUUUUCAUUCAGUUUUAACGUCAUGUAACAUUUCUGCUCUCUUCAUGGGAAAUUGACGUGCACAUUGUGUGUAGUACAGACUAUGCCAGCAGACACAACAAAACUGAUCAAAUGAUAGAACCUGCCAAAUUAAAGCACAUUUUCCAGUUUUGUGUAAUUUAUAUCUGAAGAGAGCAUUUUUUGAGAACAUUCUCUUAGAACAUCUCUGUUUUGUGUUGUCUUGGGUUUUUCUUGUUUUCAAUAAUGGUAAGUUUUCAUUAGUAGUAGAUGAAUUUGUCAAUAAACUAUUGUGUAGCAUACAGUUUUCCAGCCAGGAAAUCAUAGCUACUAUAUAAACACUUGUGUGUUGAGCCUGAUUUUCCCUGAUACAGUCUGUCUUACUGUUAGUGUCAUAUGUAAGAGAAAUUAAUAAUGGAAGAGACAUGCAAUCUUUCAGAUCCAUAUUGAUGGCUUUUCAGUUUCUAAGGACCAGUUGUAAUGUGAUAACUAUAAAUUCCACUAGCUUUCAUAAGGGGUGGGUGGAUCUAUAAAAUUCGGAAAAAGAUUGGGGAGGGGUCCAGGAUACUUACCAGCAAUAUAGACACUAUUUAAUAUACUGAGAAUUCCUUUACAAUACUUUAAAAUUUCACAGAUAAAAAGGUGUUGUCCCCUCGGACCACCCCUUAAUCCACCCACGACACUAUCAGUCCAUUACCAAGCUUUAAUACUCUAACCCACCCAACCGGUGAUAUAUAUACAUGUAUGUGAUUUGUGAAUUGAUAUUAGUGUUAGAUGUAGACUGCACCACUAGGAAGAUGUCCCUUAUGGGAAUUCUUUUUUAAUAGUAUAUUUGUGGGCCGGGUCAUGUCCCCUUUAAAUUAACCAAAAGAGAAAGAUGGAGGAGAUAACACCUAUAAAGUAAUGUCAGUGCCUGAUGAUGUAAUCACUAGACCUGAGAGAAAGUCUUUUAUAGUCAGGAUGAUCUUACCAGUGUUUUAAACAGGCUAUGUCACAUUGUUUCGUCUCUUUUGAAAAAGCUAAAUACAUGGUAACACAUUUUACAUCAUUUGAAUAAUUCUAAAAAUAGUGCUCCAGUUUUUUGUUAAGGACAAUAUUUAAAGGCAUUAAACUGUUUCCUGUCAUCUGUUGCCACAGAUGGCAAGGAUGGACAUAGAUUGAAACUUGAAAGAAUUAGGCUGAUUUUCUUAAAUGUUAAUGUUAUCCUUGCAAAUUUCAACAAAAACUUAUCAUGGUUACCUAGUUAAAUAUGUUUCUGACAUCUUUUCCUUAAAUCUACAGGAGCAUGUUGGGUAUUAGUAAAGAUACUAAGGAAUGAUUAUAGUGCAGAAUUGACCUAAAACAGUUAUUGUAACAUAGACCCAUGAAAGACCCUUGUUAGUGGUUGGGCUUUGCUUUAAACUUAGACUCUCCACUAAGCAAACCUGUGUUCAACCAACAGAUUCAUCCUAAAUACGUGUGCAUGUACCUCCCAACUCAAGAUACCAGUGAAUUCUUAAAUGGAGUAUUGUUUCUCAACAUAAGCUAUUAUUAUGAGACAAUAGGGAGCUUAAGCAACUACGACGACGACCACAACGACGACUUCAAAAAAACAAUAGCUUUAAUGAUCAAAACAACAGCUCUGCACGUGCAUCACGCUUUUUAGUACAUUUCUUUGACGUCCACUGCACAACUGCAACGUGAAACCUCCUAAUUUGACGAUUUAUGGAGGAUGUGGACAUACAACGACGAAUAUCAUUUUCCUACAUCUUUUUUAACCUGGAUAAAAUUCUUAAGAAUUUAACUCCAGGAAAAGUCGCCUGUAUUUGGCAUAUUGAGCGGGUCCAAAUAGACAUGAUAAACUUUGAAAGAACGCAAAUUCAUUUUUUUACUGGCGUUUUCACUGCCGUCAUUGUCGUCCUUGCUUAAGGUCCCUAAUGGCUCUGUGAAGUCAACCUCAACUCCACCUUAAUAAUGUGUAUUUCUCUUUGUUGAUUUGCAGGAAAGCACAGAGGAUAUACUUACUGACAGUGUCAGCAACUUGUUCCAGAGUAGUUCGAACCCUUCAUACUCAUCAUAUUCCUCAAGUGACAGCUAUACAUCAACAAAGUCUGAAACAGGUUUGUACAAUUCUGCGAUUUAACUUUGCUUUUUGUUUCACAGGAAAGCAUUUAAUGUUGCUCCUCCUUCUGUACACCGUCUAAACAGGUAAAAGCAACAUAUACAUGUAUCAAAAGUGUCUAAUUUUUAUCUGCUUUCCAUUGUAGGGUUUGUUGGUCUUGUCAACCAGGCAAUGACAUGCUAUCUUAACAGUCUUCUUCAGACACUUUUCAUGACUCCAGAGUUCAGGAAUGCAAUAUACAGGUUGGUUCUUUUCUGCAAAACAGUGUUGAGAGUAUUCAAGCCCGGAACCAUCAACAUAAUAUAAAUGAGUGAGCAAGACUCACAGUGCUGCUUUUGAGCAUUUAGCAUGUUGCUGGUACCUAUUUGUAAACCCGUGUGAAGAAAGAUAAAAUGAAAUAAUGUUUCUUGUUUAAGGAAGCAACACAAUACAUAUAAGUACGAGGUUUAAACUCCAAACCUACAGAGUGUAAGUUUGACCUGCCAACUGCUCAGCCCCCAAGGCACAUUUUUCACUUUUAUUUUUUCAAUUUUAUUUCUUUUUCCAAUACAUUUUUCUUUUUUACCGUUCGUAUUUACCAUUAGUUUUAAGGAUAUAACAUUGGUGUUUUAGGCCGAGUAAACUAAGAUUAUCUUGUUUGGCUCCCCAUUCUUAUAAUAUUCAAAACAAUUGCAAACACAAUAACUGAAUAAACCACAUUAAUUUACAACAAUAGAGGAAAUUUGUGUAAAUAGUAGGAACAAGUACACAGAAUAUAAUUAGUGACUCAAAUUAAAGACAAAAAAAAUGAUAACAAAGAAAGUUAAAGUAAGAAAUUAGGAGAACAUGGUAGGAGUCUAUAAUAAUUGUUGCGGGCUCCUCUUGUUGCCUGCAAUCCUAAUCUCCAGGUUUUUAUUAUGCAUACGUCGCAUGUAUGUAGCCAGCAUCCGUUUAGACUUCCACUAAGAAAAGAUGGAAUUCACCAAAUGCAAUUUGAUCACAUGCGUUUCCACCUUCUACUCCACGUAAUCUGAUCCAUGCGUGUUUUGACCAUUCUGUUAACUGAAACAUAGGCAAAGCAUAGCGUUGGAGCAAAUGUGUGUUUGGACCUAGGAUCGUUGUCGCCCACACUUCCUAACCUUUGGUUAUUAAUAGUAAUAAUAAUAUUUCCAGACAAGUUAGACAACCUGUGCACCUAAACUACAUGUUUUAUAAUCCCAACAUAUCUCUAAUAUUAUACAUAAUUUUUUGCAGGCUAUGUCAACUUUAUGCUUGGUUAUUGUAAUAUAAUAAUAAAUUACUAUUAUUAUUAUUGUUAUUAUUAUACAAUAACCAAGCAUAAAUGACAUCUCAAGAAUGAACUGUUUUUGAGAAUAUUAUUAAGUAAUACUUCAAAAUUAUGCAUAGGUGGGAAUUUACUGGAAGUGAAGAUGAAGGAGCUAAAAGCAUCCCCUAUCAGCUUCAGAAGCUUUUCCUUCACUUACAGGUAUUUUAACAUUUAACGUUAUAAAGCUUGUGACUGUAGUGAGACAUUUGUGCACCUAGUGUGUGCCAGAGGUGUGAGAUUUUACUAGCAUGAGUCCAGAUGAUCCAACAUUGUGCACAGUAGUUCCAGAAAAUGUACAUAUCUCCCCACAGAAAGGAUUUUUCUUCCCACCCCCCCCCCCCCCCCCCCCCCCUUUUAAGCCCCCUUUUUCACCUUCCCCCCCCAAAUUUCCUUUUUUUUUUUUUUUUUUUUUUUUUUGUUUUUGGAGUUUUAUACUGUAAGUGUUUUGGAAAACUCACAUUUUUUUUAUUUUAAAAAAUAUAAAAAAUUUUUUAAUUUUAUUUUGUCUCAAUUAGCUAGAUAAAUUGUCCCUUGGUUGGGCCAAGGGGGUGUGUAUUUACCAACAUUGGUCCAAGUUUACCAACAUUGUGCCCAGUAGUUCCAGAAAAUGUACAUACCCCCCCCCAGAAAGGAUUUUUCCUCCCCCCCCCCCCCCCCCCCCCCCACCCCCUUCUUGAAGUCCCAAUUUCGAACUUCAUACUGUAAAUUUCAUUUUUUCUUAUUAAUUAAUUUAUGGUAGUUUGAGAUGGUCCAUGCUGAAGUGUUUGGGAACACCUCUCAUUUUGUAACUAGAAAAUGAAGCUAAAUUGUUGAUACUAUAUUAUGGCCAUAGUUGCUAGUAAAGUUGUACCCAAGGUAGUGUGAAUAAUAUUGUUGCAGACAUAAAAAAUAUCAUGUGGUUGAUCUGUGAACUAGCUCAAAUGUACAAUCUGUGAUUGCAAAAUAAAAUAUCGCAUAUAUAUUAAAUGUUUCUCUUUCUCAAAAAUAUUUUCAGACAAGUUCUAAGAGGGCUGUGGAGACAACUGAUGUGACGAAAAGCUUUGGAUGGGACAGUAGUGAAGGUAAAGAAUAAUUGACCAUUAUUAUUGUUAUUAUUAUUAUUAUUAUUAUUAUUAUUAUUAUUAUUAUUAUUAUUAUUAUUAUUAUUAUCAUUAAUAUUACUAUAAAAAAGCAAGGAAAUAAAACUUGAUCCAUAGGGGGACCAUAGUUACUGGUAUACAUGUACAUCAAUUUUUAGCUUCCAUGGAUGCAAGUUUGGAUUUUGUUUUUUGAAUGACACAUUAAUUUUCUACAGUACUGUUUGUCUAUGAGAAUCUUUUAAACAAGGUCUUACACCCUUUCAGUGUUGUAUUCAGCUACAUUAAUGAAUGAACUGGGUUGAGUUAACUUCCAUAACCACCUAAAAUAAGAAUCACAAAGUGAUUUUAUCUUCAACUUGUAAAAAUACCAAAAAAAUCAAACAGUAGCAAAGAAACAUUCUUUACAUAGUCACACUAUAGGAUUUUAUCAACAGACUCCCAAAAUAUUGUACCUCAUAUUCCCAACUGACUCUUAAUGUUUCAUGGUUAAAUGCAUUGGGGUUUUCAAUAACUUUUUCAAUAACUUCAUAAACCACUACCAAUUUUGGAUAGAUGGCAGAAAGACACCACAGUAAUCUUGUAAGAUUAAUAAGAUCUUAACACAAACAGCAGAAAGAGACCCAUAUAUAGAUAUAUAGGCAGUGGUAGACUAGGGACCAGUGACUGUCUUUGAUUGAAUCGCCUGUAAGUUGAGAUGUGCUUAUUUUCAGCUUGGCAGCAACAUGAUGUACAAGAGUUGUGUAGAGUCAUGUUUGAUGCAUUGGAAAGCAAGUUCAAAAACACUGAUCAGGUCUGUUGUCCGUAGAACUUGUCCAACUCAUGAUAUGACCUUAGUUCAAAGAGUGUUAGGCUGACUCAGCCUACAGCUUAUUACAUCUCUCUCUGAUGUGCUUUUCUUUUCUGUUUACAUGGUUUAAGUUUUGUGUAAAUUGUUUCAAAAUUUGUACAAAAAAGUUAUGAUACAUUACAAAUUAAUUAUAGCAAUUAUUAUACAAUGUGGCAGUAUGAGCAGGGGAAAAUUUUUCUCAAGGAUAAUUGGCAAGUAAACUUAAUAACACCCACUUUUGGAAUAAGAAAAAAUCAACAAACCAGGGCUCCGUAUUAGCGGCUGUCAGGUUGUCCAAGACCACCAUGACAUCAUUCAGACAAGUACUAUAGCACAAAAACUAUUGCGCAGUCGAUCAAAAAAGUCCUCGUAAAAAAAAGUCCUCAUAUCCCCUGAAUAUAGGACUUCAAAAGAAAUACUAAUCAUGGAUCCCUGAACAAAGAUCACAGUGCCUUUGUAAAAAAAUUGAUGUAACUGCGAAAAGUCCACAUCUUGCAGUUUAUGAAGUAUUAAUUUGUAUUAUCACGGAUUAAAUUAAACUUUUUGCUUUUCCUCUAGGAUGAUCUUAUUAACAAACUUUAUCAAGGAAAACUCAAAGACUAUGUUAAAUGUCAACAGGUAAGAUUGAUAAAAACUGCCAUUAGCACUUUUCCACUCAUAACAUAGCUUUAAAAAAUAUGUAGAAAAAGCUACCUGUAGUCAAUCCUUUUUAUGGCCGCCAUACAGCCGAAAUGGAGAAAAGUGUCCAAAACAUUGUUUACUGACUGAUGUUCUUAGUGUGGAAUACCUUUACAUGUAAAUUCAUUAAGCGAUGCACAAGGCAAAGUAAUUUUUUUGGAGAACAAAUUGACACUGCAAGCGUUAUAAACACUUUUCUCUUCCUGUUGUUAUUGCUUGUCUUUCUUAUUCUAUUUUAUUUUAUUAUGCUUUAAUUGGGUUUUACUCGCCUUUAUUUUUUAUGGUAAUUAGAUGUGUCAGGCUGCCACUGAGAUUUCAGGUUGCUCACCAGUGUAGGCAAUUAGUAGAUGGGAAGUUAAAUACACAACUGUGAAGUUCCUUUGGUUUUAUAUUUCUUUUGUUUCUAUGAAAAUAGCCAGGGGUGGUGCUCAUAGUUUCCCCUGGGGACAUUCACGGUCCCGGCAGGCCCUUAGAUUUUUGUUCGGAUUUUCAGUGAGUUAUGAAAACAGGCAUCUAUGCAUUUACAGUAAGCUUCCUUCCUCCAGCGUGGGGCCUGUUUCUCAAAAGUCCCGACAACUUUUCAGGCCCGGAAAGCUGCUUGGUGUUUGCCGCGUUCACAUUUUCAAUGAUUUUGAAAAUAAUGAAAUGAAACUAUCAGUUGAUGAAGCAAAAUGGACUGGUUUAUGGGCUAAGAAUGGUGUUACUAUUCAAUAGGUUUGGAUUUUAAAAUUUGCCUUUGGGCCCGAAAAGUUUCCGGGCCUUUCGAGAAACUGGCCCCAGAGCUUUAACUAAAAAUGUAAAAAGCAUAUUAAAGUUUGCUUUUUACAUAAAAUUUGAGGCGUAAUAUUAAUUACUGCCUUUUAUAUUUCUGAUUGAUUCCCUAGUGUAGUCAGGAAAGUGCACGGACUGACACAUAUCUAGAUAUUCCACUGGCAAUCAGGCCUUUUGGAUCCAAGCAAGGCUUAGGCAGUGUGGUGAGUCAAGGACUGUCAUUGUGAGAAAUUAAUAUUCUGGGAAAGGGUUAAGUUUGUAGCGCACUGCUUAUGUUUUAAAUGCUCUGGGAAUUAAUAAGUGGUGGUUGUUGAGGAAACAGCCUCAAAAUUUAAUACCAGUGACAAGGCAGUAACUUAAAAAUUUUACUAUUAAUUUCUGACUAAUAAUAUUUAUUGAAUUCCGAUACAAAUCCUCUAUAUUCACAGCCAUUUUAAAGAUUAUGCAAUGUGAAACCACAUGUAUUGAUGAUGCAGUUUAAUUUUGUAAUUACUUUGUAGUGUGAUACAUUAAGUAAUUUAGGUUAAGUGAUGUCAACAGCCUGUUAUUAAAAUGUAUUUCAAAUUUGAUUCCUCAGGAAACUGCUUUGGAAGAAUUUGUUGUUGCUGAAACCCUGGAAGGUGCAAAUCAGGUGCAAGAUAUCAUACAAUAAUGCUCCUUGUCUUUUGUGAUUCCCUGUAAAAUUUUAGAGUUUAUGUGUAGUUAACAAUAUAGUAUAAUAAAUACUCAGCUAUUACAAAAUAAUUAGAGUGAUUUUUUUUCCUUUUUUCAUAUCUUCAGUAUUUCUGUGAGAAGUGCAACAAAAAGUGUGAUGCCCACAAGGCAAGUACUGCAUUAAUAUUGUUAAUUCUGUUUAAUAUCAUUGGCUUUAACCCUUUAAGCCCCGAUAUCCACAUACAAGUUCUCCAAACUGAUCUCUAUACAUUUCCAUAAGGAAUAAGGUGAGAGAAUUUGAUAGAAGAUCAAAGCAUUUUCUCUUCUAAGGUGAUUAUUUCUUUAAUUCUCACAGCCUUUUCUCUUGAUUGUUUAUUGAUAUUCUUAGGACAAAAUUGAUGUUUGUCACUUUUGGGACUUAAAGGGUUAACUGUGUACAGUAUACAGUCUCUUGCUAAGACAGACACCUUAGGGAAUGGCACUAAGUUUUCCUCUUACAGAGAUGUCAGUCAAAUAAAUGAAGAAAGGCAUGGACCAACUAUGGGUGCCCAAAUUGCCGACUGAGGUGUCCAUCUUUAAGAGAUGUUUGUUAAGAGAGAGUCAACUGAACUGUGACCAUGUUGUAAAUGAUUGCUCACAAAUUAACACAAUCAUUUUUCAAUCACAGGGUUUAAAGUUCAUCUCUUUCCCUUACCUGCUUACUUUACAACUGAAGAGGUUUGCAUUUGACUACAACACACUUCACAGAGUCAAGCUAAAUGACAGGUCAGUUAAAGGGUUGACUGCAGCGUGGCCUAAUGGAAACAGUGGUUGUUUACCUUUCACAAAACUUUUCCGUAAAAUCCAGUGGGAAAGUGAAUGGAACAUAACUUUUUGGUUUGUUCAAGUGGAACAUUUUUAGGCAUAAUGUAACAGAACAUCUGAAAAAGUAGUUCUGUUUUUCUGGGUGGAAUGUUCCAAAGAGAAAUUUGUGUUCCAUUUGUGAAAUCACAUCUUGAUACCAGUUUCAGGCCUUAGCAGUCAUUUUUUGGUAAAGGGAACUAAUUUGUACAAAUGGUAAACGCGAAUCCAGAACAAAAUUUACCAGUCUUAAAUUUUGCUUACUAUCCCACUUGCCCAAACCGGUUUGCGCAUUAAUAUGGUAAACAACCUGUGUGUCCUACUCCAAGUAGUCAGUGUCUUUUUUGCUUUCACCACUCGCUGGAUUAAUAAUUUCCUAGUACUUGAGUUUACUUCUUUUAAGUCAUACUGUUAAUAGCAAGCUACAGCAUAGUUUACUUUCUGACAGUUCAAAUUUUGGAGCAUGGUCGUAUUUUAUAUUGAUUGUGGUAUGCUUCUGUUUUUAUGACUGAUGUGCCUGUAAACAACUAGCCAUAAACAAAACAUAUUUUCUGCUGCUUUACUACCUCAACUGCAAACUCUCAGUUAUGUCUCCAUUUACAUGUUUAAAAAAAGCUGCCCCCCAAUUUUUCCAAGACAUCUUGGGACCUGGGUAUUUGAUCAAAGUGAAAAUAUGUGUGGUGAUCACUGUAAGGGGAUUCCAAAAGACUUAUAAUGUCAAGCCCUUGUAAGGAACAAAUUGCAAUUUCAAACUGAAAAUGACUGAAUCUAACAUUUUUAGUGGGAGAAGAAGUAGAUAAAUUUAUCAUGCAUUUUUUUAAUUCUAUCGGUUUAAAAAUAUUAACUUUUUAAACUGACAGGAUUGAUUUCUGUCCCUGUAAUUAAGAAAUGGUAAACGUGGAGCGUGCAGCCAUGGAGUUAUGGAUGCAGGCAGGAGGUUGCUAAGCAUGAAAGAAGAGUAAGAGUCGCAUGAGGCGAUAGCCGAUUGCGACUCUAGCUUCUUGAGUGCUUAGCAAACCUUCAAAGUGCAUCCAUAACUCCAUGGUUGCACAGCUGCAACUUCACUUUUGUUAUGUUAUAAUAACAUUAAUUUUUCUGUGCCUUUGGUUACGUCAAUAGGAUGACAUUUCCAAAAUACCUCAACUUAAGAAGNACUGAAUCUAACAUUUUUAGUGGGAGAAGAAGUAGAUAAAUUUAUCAUGCAUUUUUUUAAUUCUAUCGGUUUAAAAAUAUUAACUUUUUAAACUGACAGGAUUGAUUUCUGUCCCUGUAAUUAAGAAAUGGUAAACGUGGAGCGUGCAGCCAUGGAGUUAUGGAUGCAGGCAGGAGGUUGCUAAGCAUGAAAGAAGAGUAAGAGUCGCAUGAGGCGAUAGCCGAUUGCGACUCUAGCUUCUUGAGUGCUUAGCAAACCUUCAAAGUGCAUCCAUAACUCCAUGGUUGCACAGCUGCAACUUCACUUUUGUUAUGUUAUAAUAACAUUAAUUUUUCUGUGCCUUUGGUUACGUCAAUAGGAUGACAUUUCCAAAAUACCUCAACUUAAGAAGUUUCGUCAGUGAGGAGAAUGAAGAGGUAUAGAAUCAUUUAUUCUUUAUUCCCUUAAGAUUUUGUGGUCUAAUGCACAUGCAAGCAUGAUGCUACUUGCCACUUUAGAAAUGAGAGGGAACCUGGGCUACGUGAAGUUUGCAAAGACUUCUGGGACUGUAACUGGGGACAGGGAAACCCAGAAGUCUUCACAAAAGCCAACUCAGUCCAGUUUCCUUCUCCUAACCCUUUAAGUCCCAAGAUGGACCAACAUUAGUUUUCUCCCAACAAUAUCAAUGGACAAUCAAGAAGAAAGCUUAUGAGAAUUAAUAAAAUGAUCACCAAAGAGAAAAUGCUGUGAUCGUUUGUCAAAUUCUUUCAACUAAUUCUUAAAGGAAAUGUAUGGAGAUCAAUUUGGAGAAUUUGUAUGUGGAUUUUGAGGCUUAAAGGGUUAAUACAGUGGUAAAUAGUGGCUAUAAGAGCUACAUUAUGCCCGCUUCAUCCACUUAAUUGUCAAUGAGUAGCUGCACCUCCUCCCAGACAAACCAAGCUUAUAUUAAACCUUCAUGCCCAUCAUUAUGAGCACCAGAGAUGCAAAAAUACUUAAAUAGUUUUUAUUUGUAUUUUUUUGUUUGAGUAAGAAUGGUGCAGACGAAGAUACCAGCCUGAAGGGGGAUUCCCCCAGCAGUACAGAGACAGACAGUGGGGUGAGUGAAGGUUGCUCUGAUAAUGGCAUGUCCACUGAAGAAGAAGAUGUUGACAAUGCAAGUGGAGGAAUUGACUCAGCAGAUGGGACUUCAGAAAUGACAGAAGUGGAACUAACUGAAGACUUGCUUAACAGUGGUCUGGCUCACACUAUGAAGGUUUGUGUUUUGAUUCUGAUCCAUUAAUUGCUGUUACAGCAAAUGGCACUUUUCAACAACAACCAACCAUUUAUUUUCCAAUUUAAGAAAGUUUGCAAGGAUGUAAUAAGUAAACUAGAUCAGGCAAAUGUAUAGAGACCAGUUUGGAGAAUUUGUAUGUAAAUAUUGAGGCUUAAAGGGUUAGGAAACUUGCAGGCUUCUGCCUUCAUCUCAGAAGCUUCUGUAGGAGUUGAAAUGAAUUGUAAAUUUGAUGUCCUCUGUAGAUGGGCUGGAGGUCAUAGUUCUGCCCCUUUUGUGGUUGUAGCUUAGCAGACUAUUCUGAGGCCCUUGCAGAUCUGUCAGAAUUAAUUCUGAAGUGAAAAUUCAAGUGCUAGAAAUGUUCCAUAAGCCCUGUCGAGCAUUAUCCCUAGUGAAGGCCGCAAUUAGGUGAGGCAAAAGAAUACAUCCCUGAUUUUGUGGGAAUCAAGUUCAUGGCCUCCGAAUAAGAUCUGCUGUUACCCUGCCAACAGUGUCAGGCAGGAGGAAUAAAUAUUUGUGAGUGGGAUUGAGAUGGUGAUAGAUGUCUUUCCAGUAUUAUAAUCAUGGUCUUUAAGUGUUGUCACAUUGUUGGCUUUUCUUUUCCAGCAGUGGUCACAAUUUUUUUUACAACCAAAAAAGAUCAGGACGUGACCAUAGUGUCUCAAGUCCCAAACUUAGGGUCGUUCGCACUGAAAAGUCCGAAAGAAACGCGUUCAAGUAUUAAACGUAGAAAUUGACACUACUAGAGGAUUAUAUUUAUUUCUUCAUUCCACGGUUCUGUUAAUACCUUAUUAGUGGAAAUUAACGAUGCACUUUAUUAACCAAUUUUAAAAAAAUCACGUUAAUUUAAUACAUCUUAAUUUAUGUGGAUGUUAAUUUAAAUCACACUGUUUUAUAUCAUUGUUUUACAGCACCUUUAUUUCAAUAACCAAACCUCAUCUGCUGAUAGUUCUCUAUCAAUGCCUCGGAGUCACUGACAGUUCUUCUGUAAGAAUUGAGUUCAAAAUGUCUUUCGACUGGUCUUUGUAUUGAUCUGUUUCUCCGAGGGGAUAGCCAACUUCUUCAGUCUUUCUUCUUGGAAUACCCAUUUACAUUUAUGUUUUUUCCUUUAGAUAUAUGUACAUUGAGAAGUUUGUAUCACAGAAAAUUGGCGUAAAAUAAAGUUUGGCGCACAUUGUUUUCGAAAAUUCCUUGUUAAUUUGAUGUAUGUAAACCUAACUGUUGGAAAAUUUGUAUUAAUUUUGUGUAAUAUAAAUAAUUUCUUCACCUUGUCUACGUGCAUCAUGAAUUUCCUAUAAUAAGGUAUAUGAAAUUCAAGUAUUCAUCAGUAGUCAUUCCUCUUAAUUAAAGUUGCACAGUGCCAUUGUUGUACCUUUGAACUUUUGAAUUGUGACUUAUCAGGGUCCCUACUGGUAUGAAUUGUUCUCUAUUAUGAUCCACUCUGGGAGUGCCACAGGAGGACACUACUAUGCUUAUAUCAAGUAAGACUUACAAAUAAUUGUUUCAUCAAUUAAACAGCAAUUUACAAAAAUGGUGACCUAGACUAAUGUAACUCCCCUUCCUUGAAAAAUAAACAAGAACAGCAGCCUAUAUUAAGCUACAUGUAGCGUUUGUGUCCCCUUUGGAACAUUUAGUCUAAUUAUUUUGUAUGUAAAGUCACAGCAUUUCAGCAUCCUCAUUGUUACCCUCAGAAUUGAUUUAAUGUAGAUUUGGGUUUAUUUUUCUAUUCAUGCAUGUAGGUCCUUUACAAAUGGGCAGUGGUACUGCUUCAAUGACCAGAGUGUAUCAAGGGUAAGUUUGGUUUUCAGUCUGGCUUUUUACUGCCAAAACCUUACCUUUUUUUCUCUAAAAUUGACUGUUGAAUUCAUGUUGCACCAAGGCAAAACCCGCAAUUAUUAAUCUGGUGCUUUCCCACCGAUGGAUCAAAGGACUGGUUUCUGAAGACAAGAGAAAAAGAAGUACGAUCAGCCUCCACAACAAGAAAACUUUCAGCUUGUCACCCUGUUGCUGUAGUUCUUAACCCUGCCUGGCAGAGCUUAACUUGCGUUGCACAUUGAGUUUACCAAGGGUCUGCCAGAUACUACCAGUGUAAGCUAAUCUUUCAGCUAAGGAUAUUAACAUUAGUGUACCAAUGAGAUUUCUUAUUUUUUGUGACCCUCCAUUACAAAUUUCACAAUGCACUCUGUCAAACUAGCAUUUUUUUGGUGCAGCAAUUGAACCCUAAGUUUCACCUUUAGGAACUCCAAAGACCUUUGACUCUCUUUAACAAUGAACAACAAUGACUAUAGAAUGACUGAGUGUCAAAUAUUUUAAGUCCCACAUAACAGAAAUUGGAAAAUGAAAAACCCAAAAGAACAUCUGUGUGGGAGACUAGAUUAAAUAAUUAAUAAUGUGUUGUCUUACAUCUACCAGGUUUAUGAUGAUGACAUUGAACGUAUCUAUGGUGGACUGGAAUCUUCCAAAUAUUAUUAUUCAGCAGCUUAUUCAAGGUACUUAAUUAAUAAUAAAAAAAUUUCUAUCCAGCCGUAAUUUCUUGAUUUUUUUUUAUUCAUACAUUUAGCAAGUAAGAGGUUUAUAUUAAGUAUGAAUUUGGUUGUCAAGUAGCUCCUUCUUAAGUGUUUACUCACUUUAAUUGUUCAUUCAAGUGAAAACUGUUUGCACAUAUGAAGUGUUUAUUUUCAGUUUAGUAGAACAUCCAAUCCAAUGUUAGAGGACAGGUGUAAUGUAGCGAGGGUGGAUUAGAAUGAACUGUGAAUGAUAAUAACCACCGAAAUCAGAUUUUUGUCACUAAGCCAAAUACCAGCCACGGCUAGAACUUAAGAUCCAAACCAGGUUCAGUAGCAAUACCAAAGUCAGGAACGCAAAGACAUACUAAUUUGUUCAUAGCAAGAGCUGCAAGACUCCUUUUCUGAUCUGUAUAUUUUUACUUAGUUUUUUUAUUAGAAUGUCAUCUAAUAGCAUUUCAUAGUAUAUGUUUUUUCACUUUAAUUAUGUAAAUCCAUUGUAUAUAUAUUUUUAAAGAUGGAUAAAUUUUCAUUUUCAGACCUGAGAUUAUGCAGGCUGUUUGCCUCAGCCCUUUCAAAUUCUGGCCCUGGUUGUUCAAACAAUUGAUAGCGCUAUCGACCGGAUUUAUCAUUAUCCAGCGGAUAAGUAUAAUAGAAAUCAAUUACACUAUCUGCUGGGUAGAGAUUUAUCCAGUGGAUAGCGCUAUGCAAUGUUUGAACAACCGGGGCCUGAUAAUAUAGGUUCAGUGAGGCAUUUGGAUAACAUCCACUAAAUGUUUAUCUCUAAUAAUCAUUGCAGUUCUACCAAUGCAUACAUGUUGAUGUACAGGCAGGUCGCUCCAGAAAGAAAUGCUAAAUUCCUGGAGCAACAUGACAUGCCUGCACACAUAAUAGAGUUAAUUCACAAUUUGAGGCAUUUGGAAGAAGUGGAAAGAAAGAGAAGAGAAAUGGAAAGGUCCAUGUGCAAGGUACAGCUAAAAGAAUAAUAUGUCGCAUGAUUUUCAGGGUUGUCACUAAGACCUGAUGCCCUCUGGCGUUCCACAGAAAAUUCUCUUGGGAAUCUUCCUCUUUUAAGCCUUGAUUAUCAAUAUUGAAUGCCUCAAAAGGCCACAUAUUUCCCUUUUCAGGGAGAAAGAAUCCUUGAGUUAUUUAUAAAGAGCUAUGUCUUUGACACUUACCCCUCAAUUAUUGUCUGAUACGUACACCUGAGUCUACUCUUCCUGUGUUCAAUUGUUCGCCUGACAAUAAUUCACCUCUUUGGAAACAAGAAGAGAACUGGAGCUGAAAGGUGUCUUGCAGUGGUUUCAGGGAUCAUUACUGGGGGUGUGCCGGUCAGCUAUUGGCCAGUAACUGUCCCUAGUGACCAUCCCAGAAGUCUUUGCAGCAUGCAAAGAAAGUCGUGUCUGAUGGCCCAGGGCUAGUGGAUUUUGCAAUCGGGCUAGUGAAUCCUGUUCUUAAACCCUUUCACUGCCAGAGUGCUUGAUGGGGUUUUGUAAGGUGACUCUAACUUUUGAGUCUGUGGAUGAAAUCCUAUGGUGUGACCAUUCAAAUGAAAGCUCUUUACCUGUACUUUCACAUGAUGCUAUUUGUUUCUCAAAAUUUUAGAAAGUGAAAUUUCAUGAUGGUUUUAUUAUCUGAUCUGCUUGCUUUUGUUUUGAUUCCUUCAGAUAAAGAUCUUUUGUGAACAUCCAGUCAGGAGGACAAUGUCAGAACAAAAAUUAGAAAUUCAUAAGGAUUGCACACUGAAUGAGGCAGUAGCCAUUGCACAUAAGGUGAGAGAGAGUUACCAUUGUACAGUGUCACCCUCCCUGACAGAUGCCUCUCUAAGAUAGACACCUCCAUUGAACUUAACACGUAGCAGUUUGCCAGUUGUUCUAAAUUAGUGAAUUUCCUCUUAGUGAAGAACCCCUCCCAAAAAGGACUCCUGAAGUUAGAAAGCAGGAACAUGUAUUUUCACCAUACAUGUAUUUUCAUGGUGUUUUAAUAUUUUAAUAAAAUUUAUACUAGAGGAACUUGCAGUGCUUAACCUUAAAAUUUUUGCACUUCUUAUACUUGAAGUUGAAUUUAAACGGUCAGCAGCAUAUUAAUAAUAUACAGAGUCAGGGCUGUGUUCUGGCUUCUAAUGACCCCUGCAGCCCAACUUUUGCGCUUGGGUGACUACAAAAUCUUAGUGGUAUCAUACAAAUCAUAUGCUGAGCAUCCUAGAUUUUACAGGUUCAGAACACUGGGUUCCCUUCAAUUUACCUUAGAACACAGCCUUGAGAGUAUGAAAUAUAACCCUCUCAGCAGAACUGCAAAUCAAGGUCACAUUUUUCCUGUCUCAAGACAGAAUGUUAGAACACGUGUUCUUUGUUGUAUUCUAGCCAUAGAUAAAGAAAUGCAAGUAUAUUCAGUACAAGUUGUCCUAAAGGUUUGUUGCGGUGGAUUCAAAGUGGUUUUUUAAUAAUAUUAGUAAACUGUUAUUUUUUUAUGACUAGCUUUUCCUUCUGGGCAAGAUACUUCCUGUUGAACAGUGCAGAAUUGUGAAGUAUGAUGAAUACUAUGACUACAUUGAAAGGUCAUUUGAUGGAGAAGAGGUGAGUGUCAGAGUUGAUUUCUUCGGACUUUUAAGAUAGGGGAAAGGACCCUUCUAAAGUAGCUACUAUCAGACCAUAAGAGUUUGGUCUUACCAACGAGGUGGCCAUUAUAAGUGGUGGAUUUGAGUGGCCAUAGUUAUAAGGCAGAGUCCCUAAUUUCCGCCCAUUAGGAUCUUUGUCCACGGUACCACUUUGUCAUGUAACUGGUACAAUUGAAGAGAUCUUUCAACCAUCCACGAUUCCGUCACAACAGGUUGGAGAAAUACGUAAAAAAAGAACAUGUUAAGUAAAUUGACCUGAAAAAUCCAAUGAAAAACCACUUCCUUCAUGCACUCUUAGAAUCCUGAAAAGUUUUUCCAAACACCUGUCACACCAGAAUGUAAAAUAACAAAACCGUGCAAGAAAAGUGUAACAAGCAGUGAAGAAAGAAAGCAAAGGUAAUUGUCAAGGCAGCCGUGUCUUGUUCAAACCCAAAAGUCAAAUUUUUAUUUUUGGUGGAUGCCCAAACUUUGGAAGCUUGUAUUUUGCACCAGGAACAAAAGGCAGCCCAGUGCUUGACUCAUAAACAGUGUUUUGCAAAGUUUUCACUAGGCCUUUUUCAGCAAAUGUUUAAGGACAAAUGGGUUAAGAACGUUUUCAAAAAAAUGAGUGAUUGUACCAAAAAAAUCAAUGCAUAUUUUGUCCAAAUUUUAAGUAGAUUUUAUUAGCUAAUUUUUUCCAGGCACUAGCAGUGUUGUCGUAAAUAUUGUUUUUACCAAUUGCAGAAUGAUCCAAUGGGAAAGGUCCUCUGUGGAGUGAAGCAGUCCUACAUGUUUGACCUCCUCCUUGAAACAAGAAAGCCCCAUGAAAAAUUUUCUGUAUACAAACAUGGUGGUUAGUAACCUUUGUCAACUGGUGACUAUGUAAAACUAUCUCAUCUGACUGAGUCCUGGCUGUUACAAUUUUGUACUUAAUAUCUAUAUCUGUAUUGAAGAGUUUUUUUUUUCAAAACAUCUUCAGAUAAAUGUCUUAAAGACCAUUUUCAGUGAUGUCAGCCUAAAAUUGAAAUUUACUUUGGUGGAAAUUCUAUACCAAUGCUUGAAGAUCACCUCUUGUCAAGUUUUGUUACUACUUAAUGUAGGGACUUCCUGAUGUCAGUUUUGUAGUUUUGAACUGUUUGUUUCCUCCCUUCAGCCUGUAACCUAAACAUAACCUUGCUAGGUUACCAAACAAGAGGCGGUCUUCCUGCUAAAAUUAAUUUGAACAUUUGGUUGAGGUCACUGAGGCUGGCUGACUGAGGUCUUUAUUUGUUAAUCUUACAAUCAAAUUGUUAUCAAAUUUUUAAAAGGAUAAUAUUUUAUUUAUGGUUUAUAAUUACAGCUGUUUCAGAUAUCACGCAACCUGCAAUGUCAAAAAUGUCUUUGGGUGUUUCUGUGACGUCAAUCAAACUCUGAAGAAUCGGCACUUUCUCGCCUUCACAUCUUAGUGGACCUCUUAGGAAACAAAAGGUCAUGGUUUGUGAUUUGUGAUUGGUGGAUUUGGAUCCAUUUUGUGUGUUUCUAGGUUCAUUGCUUUUGAACUUCAUAGUUCGGUUGCAUGUUUUUGAAAAGCAGAGUAAUUUAAAUUACCUUAGCUCUAAAUUUUUUUUAUCUUCUUUAUACUGAAACAUGGCAAGUUUAGAUUUUUCCUAUAGAGCUUCCAAAUCCAGAAGAAAAACAGAAAUGGGAGGGUGAAAACAUAUCGGUAUGUUCCUGCUAACAUUCUGCUCAUUAUUGCUGCCUAUAUUAUUUGACAAACACGGUGGAUGCUACGGUAACAGUUUGAUUGACUUCACAGAAAAACCGAAAAUCCUGAAACGUUCCUGACAAUUCAGGUCAGCUGUAAGAAAACCAUAAUGGAUUAUUACCUAGUACUUGUAACCGCUGAUCCUACAACUGGCUGCUAUUACUGCAACAAAAGAUGUUUUCAGUCAGUGAUAUAGGCGACAUGUGGAAGUAAAUAAUAUUAAUUUUGAGUACUCCCAACUAGAGUGGAACCUAUGACCUUGUGGUUACUCUGACUGCAAAGGAUGAACAUUGUAUUUCAACAUCAGUAUUGUCUCUUACCUCUAUAGGAGUAACUGUCAAAGUUCAUGUUGUUGAUCUUGAAAAAGAAAAAGUUGCUCCACCCACUAAUGUACGACCACUGCUAAGCUGGACUGUGAAAGACCUCUACAGUCUCAUUCAUGAGGUAAUAAGGAAUAGGCCUUUUUCAUGAUGAUGACAUUUGACUACAACUAACAGAAUUCAUUUUGUUUUUGCUUUCUUACUGAAAUAUGUCAAUCCUGCUGAGGUUUAAACAACAAUAGCUCUAAUUUGCACAAGAAAACAACAAACUGAAGGAUUCUUUUUAUUGUAACUAAAAAUGUCAUCAUUGCAUCAUUGUCACACGUUGUUGUAUUUUUUAGGGAUGUAACAGAGCCAUUGUUAGUGUUGAUCUUCAGCAAAAAGGUCAGAGUGGAAAAUAAAACUUAAAAUAAUGAAAAAUGCAUUUUUUUUCCUUAGAAAUUUAGCCUUCCCCUAGAAACUAUGAGAGUAGUGUUUGAAGGAACAUACAGUGAACUUAAGUUGCUGAACAACCCCAGUAAAGUAUUAAAAGACCUUGGAUUCUUCAAAUCUAACAAGGUAAAACUGUUGAACAAUAAUAAUAUUAUUAUUGUAUUAUUCAAUUGACAGAUCAAUAGAUUUUUUGUAUUACCAGUAAUCACUUCUGAUCAAAAGGUGAUUAUUUAUCUGGGCUGAGCUCCUGCAACGCCGGUUCACACUAAUCCAGGGUUUUGUGUAACUGGGGCUCAUGAGGUUUUAUUCCACUUUUUUCUUCAAAAGCCUAGUUGUGUUAACCCAAAAUAACAGUUGUAAGCAGUCGUGCAUUAGAUUAAAGCUUAUCACCUUUCAAGAAGCUGGAUUGUGGGCUAAUGUAUCACUUUAGGGACAACAAGGAUGGAAAUCAAUGCAUAGAUGUAUGGAAGAUAAUCUUAGAAAAUAAUUAUUGUAAUUUUUUUAUUGCAUGAAGAUUUUUUAAACGUUAAAAUUUAGGGGUUUUGUUUGUUUGAGGUCAAGGGUGGUGGAGUGACAAGAGCACUAAAACCUGAGAAAACAGCCACCAUUUCGCGACACCACCAACAACUUUCCUGUGGUAUGAUGUUUGAGUUGGCGGAGAAUUUAAGUUUUCCAAAUUUGAGUUAACUGAGUAAAAAUGACUGAAAAGUGGGGUAAAAUCCAGGAGAAAUGGGACCUAGUUCGAGUCAUCUGAGAUAAAAUAACUGAUUUUCUACUGACAGUGUACCAAAUUAUGGGAAAUUAACUCACCACAAAAUUAAGUUAUUGGAGAUUAUUGUUAUUGUUAAUUUCAUGAAGCGUUAAUUUCCAGUAAUAAGGCAUGAUUUUAUUUGUACUCGUAGGUGUUUGUUGAGGCAUCAUCACUGGAAGAAGGUCUCUCCUUUGAAAAGUCUCAGCUGUACAAAGUGUUGGAUGUUUAUCAGCACACCAUUCAGCUCUGUGUUUUUUUGCCUGAUCUUUCCAAGAAACCGUCAGGUUGGUUUACCAGGAGUUUUUCUGACAGAACAAAAUUUUCCACCUUUUUUUUGUAGUCUUAAAAGGAGCCUUAGGUGUCAGUAAACCAACUUUUCUCAAUGAACAAUAAUUAAUUUUUUAAUGAAUAGGCUAGUGGAAAACAAGAAGUAAAGAUUUUGCUCUAGUGAGUUGGUGGCUAUCAUGUUAUGAUGUAACCAUGAUAUGGUUAUUACCAGGGUUGUCAAAAGUAGCCAGCUGCCUGCAAAAAUCGCGCCUUGGUUAGUAUCAGCCAGCUACUCUGCUUGGCAUUUCUCUACGGAUGGCGUUUUUUAAAUAAAUUAAUAUCCCUGAACUGGCUGCUUACUUUGACAACUCAGCCGUCUACUUCAAAACUUUCUGGCAACUCUGAUUACAUUCAUUUAUUUACAUUUAGAGAGUACAAGUAGAUAUAUAUGUGAGGCUGCUGUUGACGCUGACAAAAAUGAAAAGGGAAAAGGUAAUAUUCAAAAAACAGGUGUAUACCAGCUUUCUGGCUUUAUUAUUGAAAGUUUAGCCAAAUCUUUGCCUAGUGCCUCUUAUUUCCUAGAAAUGUGAACUUGUUAACAGUUUUUUUUGGUACAUCAAUAAACGUCCAAACAAACUUUAUACUUUUCGAUUGUGAAACUCCCAGUCGGAAACAGUCUAGUCAUUUGAUUACAGGAGUCUGGUUCCCGAUUACGAUUUUUGUAGUCGAAAAGUAAGGAGAAACCUUUGUGGUAAACGGACCAUAGUAUAUAUCAACUCUGCCAUUGCUAAAGCCAAUUUUUAUAUACCAGCUCACUGACACGGGCAUUUUUUUUUUCAAAACAAAUCCAUUGAACCAAGCUCAAAUUGAAAGAAGUCACCUUUUGGUGCUGUAAAAUUAUAAAAUGGUCGCCAGAUGAAAUAAAAUAUAACAGUAAAUGACACUUUAUGCAAUGAUUAUUACAGUCCUGAAAGGUUUAAAGAAUCAAUAAAGGCUACCAAACUAUGCAGCUAAACCUUGUCACUUAUGAUAAUUGUCAUGUCCCCCAACUUGACCUUUUUUAGUGGACUAAUAGUAAUCAAAUUAUUAUGCAAAUUAUUUUCGUAUAAUGUGCAGUUCUAUUGCUAUUAUUUAGAAAUGUAAGGAGACUACUGUAUGCGGAAUAAUUUGCAUGUCAAAAAAUUAUAUUACAUGAGCUAAAAGGUUGGAUAACCUUAUGGAUGCAUUCUUUGUUUAAUGGGACUUCUAUCUUUCUUUUCUUACCAUUAGAAAAACUUUUUUCUAUUGACAAGAGAAUCACACUUGAAAAACUGAAAGAAAUUCUGCAAAAUGAUGUACAGUGCUCUCCUGAAUUUUUUAGGGUAAGUUAUUUGGUAAUUGAAAUAUUCCUUCUUGUGAAGCAAGUACACUAAAACCCUGCUCACUCAAACGCCAAUAUUUAGCAAUAAUUAAUGAAUGGAGCUGAGUAGGGUAUGAAGAAUUAAGCAGAUCGAGGAGGGUGUUUAUUAUUGGCUGAGGUGGAUAACACCCUCCGAGUUCAUUAAUUGCUUUAUUAAUUGCAUUAAUUCCCUCCAAAUUCAUUAAUUGCUUUAUUAUUCAUUCAACUGAAAUAAUUUCUAGUUUAAAAACAUAGCUAAAAUAUGCUUACCUGCAUCGAUGUUAAGUUCAUCUUCGAUAUUUGUCCAGCUCCACAAAUAUUCUCCAAAUAACAGAUGUCGCCCUCCGAGUUGUCUUCUUGCUGUUUUUGCCAUGUUUUUAGCUAUUAUUUCGCCUAGUUCCAUCUGUAGUUCUUACUCUUCAAACGAGUGAAAUGUCCACAAUUUUUUUUCACAACCAAAACAACUCAACCUCGUCCACAGGUUUUCUCGUUAAUGGUGCCUUAACCUGUAGCGGGCUGCAUUUUCAAUGUCAUCUCGUCGUGAAACACAGAAUUCUUCCAAAUUUGGUCAUCAGUGACUGGUUAUGGUGAAUUAUGCGUGUGCUUUUAGCCAAUCAGAAUUGUGAUAUAUUUUGAAUGAAUAAUAAUAUUACUCUAUUCUCAGGUUUAUAGAGUUUACUCAAAUAACCAAGAAAUUGAAUACAGCCAUUUGUCAGAUUCUUUGACAAACUUUGCUGAUGACUCUAAGGUAUGUUCCCUGUUUCUUUAAUAUUGUGUGUACUGUACAUAUUUAUUUUUGAUGGGAUUUCAUUCAUUGAAUUCAAGAACUUGCCAAUGACAAUCUGUAAGAGCAUAAUUAUCAUACUAGUACUACUGUUGUUGUCCUUGUUAUUAUUAUUAUUAUUAUUAUUAUUAUUAUUAUUAUUAUUAUUAUUAUUAUUAUUAUUAUUACUAUUGACAUUAUUUUCCUUUGUAGCUGCGAGUCAAAUAUGGCCGUGCUCUCAAGAAAGGGGAGCAUCAACUGAAAAUAUUUUUGCUGACUCCAGCUGAAAAGGAGGUAAGUUUAUUUUCAAACCUUGUUAAAUAAAAUAGGGUUGAAAUAAACUUUCUUAAAAGGCAGACAGUAUGCUCAGGAAAGAGUAGCAUAAUUAGUAUUCCAUUGAUUUCUGAGCAGACUGUUUGCUGUUUCAACUCUAUUCAAAACAAAAUCUUUAUGGUGGAGUGGAGGAGGUCAUGGCCUGGCCUGGGGUAAUUUACUGACCCCCUCUAAAACAUUUGAAAAAUUCAAUGUGUGAUGGCUACCAUUAUAAUCACUCAAGACCACUUUUUUCUAUGGAGAAAAUUUUGAUGUAAUUAGGGGAAAACUUAGGAAACUGAGUUUUUGUAACUAUAAAGCAAAGUGAGCUCUUAUGUUGAACAAAGCAAAUUAAAUUAACCGUGAACAUUCCAACUUUGUGCAAAAUUAUUUAUUCAAAGAAUUAUGUUCAUGAUUAUGAAUUGAUGCCACUAUCGGAUCUGUAUACUGUAUUUUGUAAAGGGUUAAAUUGGUCACUGAUCUAUAGAGAAUGAAAUGUCUACCAGGAAAAUCAGGUGAUUGUCAUAAUAUUAUUAUUAAUAAUACUUAUUUUAUAAAGGACAUACAUGUUUCGUCUUUCAGCCUUUCAAAUACUUUUGUGACUGGAUAGCAAGUGACGGGAUGUCAGUAAAAACCUGCAAAGAACUUUUGCUACCAGAGAUCUGUAAAAGAUGUGGCCUUGAUGUACCAGUUGAAAAGUAUGUUUUAUUAGUUAUUAGUUUGUUUGAAUGUGGAUUAGUGGGAAAACAUACCUGUUCAAGAUAAUGGCCAUCAAACCAACUGCAAAUGAUACCAUCAAAUUUAUCUCAAUUUCUCGGCAUGGCUAGACGUUUGUCAGUUCUUGUCCUCUUUUUUCUUCUUAUGCAGUAUUAAAUAACACCUGAAUAUUUUCCAACUACAGUACGGUGAAACCUUGAUAUAACAAACCUCUAUCCAUUUAACAAAGUCCUUGGUGUAACAAAUGCAUUCUUUGCCCCAGAAAUAGCACAGUAUGUGAAAAAGAACCUCAAUAUAACAAAACCUCUUUAAAGCAAACAAAUUUUGCCAGUCCAUUGGGCCUUUUUGAUAUUGAGGUUCCACUGUAACGUCAAUAGAUUGCUAGAGAAUUUAACAAAUGUUUUGUUAAUUUUCUAAUUUUCAUGGUGUUUGGUCCAAUUUUAAGAAUUUCUUUCCUAAGAAAGUCUCAUUUAAUGUAAGUCUUUAUGAUUUAUGAAUUUUAGUCUCAGAAUGAGAAGAAAAAACUGGAAAAAUCCUGGAAGAGUCUAUGUUGACAGCCAAGUAUUUGAAGAAAACAUCCAAGUAUAUGCAAGCUUUGAAGUGUUUCUGGAAAUACUAGAAGGUCUGUCAAUCUCUUCAUCAAGUUAUCAGAUCACUGUAAUCACUUGUAGUGUACUUCAUUUUCUCAUUUCAUGCUGAUAUUAGCACAAGGAUGUUUGCGUUUACAACAUAAGCUUGAUAAUUAUAAGGCAGCAGAUUCAGAAUCAUAUAAUUCCCUUAGAGUAGAGUAAUGUUGGCACCAAGGAAUAAAUCUAAUUUGUCAAUGGGAAAGAGCGGUUUCUUGAUGAGUGUAUUUCUUGGUUACUUAAUGUGCUUGUGGUGAUGCCUUUUUUAACAUGUCCAUUCCUUACUGGGAAUAAUGACAUAAGCAUAUUAAAACAACUAAGGAGAACAAAAGAUGUUCAUAUUCUUAUGCAGCUUCUGCAUAAGAAUCCUGCCUCCAAUUUCAGCAAGUUUCCAGAUGUGUCAGCUGCAGUUUAGUGGCCACUGUUGGAGAAGCAAGAAUGAGACUUUUUCCCAACUACUUUUUUAGGAACCAAAACAUGGCAGACACUCAAAGGGAGCACCCAGCAACAACCAACAACAUUUAUUGACCAACCUAGAAAGUAACACCAGUCUUUCGAGGCAGGAUCUUGCAUCUGUCAUGGCCAACAGACGGGAGGGGGACAGAUUUAUAAAAUCAGUGCGGGUGCACCCGAAAUAGAUAGACAGAUAGAUGCAGCAUCCCUUUUGCUUACAAUUUAAGUUUCAGCUUUCCUCGCUAGCAUGCAGUAGUGAGACCUGGGCUAUGAUGUGCAUAUUAACUGCCAGUUACUACAUUCUAACCAUCAGGUCCUGAGAGAAUGACCUCAGCAGAUCAACUGUCAUUGUAUGUUAGACAUUGGCAUCCUUCAACAUUAACAAUUGACCCUCCAAAAGAAGUUGUUCUAAAGGAGAGCUUGGUUGAACACUUAAAGGAAGCGGUAACAAUACUCUUUAUUGUAUUAAUGAUUUAUUAAUAACACUUUCUUUUAUUUUAUGACUAGUGACAUCGUUACUUUUUUCAGAUGAGUACACUUAGUGGCAUUCCAGAGGAAAAUUUAGAGCUUUGCAAGGUAUGAACUAGGCAAAAACUUUUUCUUUGUUCCAUGUUCGUGUUAUGCUGAUUACCACAUCUUGCACAUUCAUUUACAUAGCUUAAAAUUCACCAUCUACAACCCUGGUCAAAACUUCUUGAGAAACUUGAGGAAAUUAGGCACAAAGACGCACUUUGUUAAAUUAACUCAUAUUCUACCUCUUAAAAAAGCUUGGGGAUGUUGUUAUAAGGGGCUAUUUCUGCUGUCCCCCUCUCCCCCAAUCGGUGUUAAUUGUGUUGAAUUAAAACUGGAAUACAUAACGUCAACACUGCACCGAGGGGGAAGGAGGAAGGGAAGAUGCCUCAAUUUGACGAGCUAUUGCAUUAGUGCCCCAAGAAAAUUGACCAGGGUUGUAUCUAUAUUAUAUAUGAUGUGUUGAAUUAUAAUGCAGUCAAAAUUUGUAUUAAUUUUUAUUAAAUGGUACAAACUUGGGUCCAGGUCCCCAUAUUACUGUUGAUAUUAAAAAUUAUCACUGUUUGACUACAGAAAGGAAGUCAGUGUUGUAAUAAACCUGGAGGUUUGAAUUCUGAUUUCUUCUGCAUCCAGUUGUAAUUCACAGUCAUUCAGUUAUAGCACAUAGUCACUAAUUUCUGGUUUCCAGGGCCGUGGACAGUUCCCUUGUGAUGCACCAGUCCUUGAAAUUCAUGGAAAUGAUUUUGGUUGGACAGCUGACUUGACAUCUCUUGGGUCUAGUCCUUUAUUUAUCAAUGACGAUGGAGCAGUGGUAUUUUACAGGUGUGUAAAGAUUACCAACAUAACAGACUCGACCUGAAAUUACUUUUGGGGGCAUUUAUUGCAUUGUAGCAUUCUGUAACAUUGCCCAACAGACAAGCAAAUCAGAGUAGCUUUCCACUUGCUCCAGUUAAAGUUAAUGUUUCUGUGCAUUCCUUUUAGAAUGUGGUUUAUCAACCUCACUGUGAAUAACCUGAACACUUUUACUAAAGAUUUAAGAGGGGGCUCUGGAAAUGAAAAUGGUGAUCCUACAAUUUUGAGGUUUCACAUUCAUUAGACCAUUUUUAUCCCCCCACAUUUAAAAAAUUUACCCAACUUCACGCUGUUAUUAUCAUUGUCAUCAUCAUUAUAGGUCCUGCAUGUUCCUAUUGGUAGAAACUAGAUUAGAGCACCAACAGAAACUGUACCAGCCUUAUUAUUUGCCACAAUGAUAGAAAAGAGCAAAACGAUGAUGGAAAGUUAUAAAUAAAACACCAGCACAGUAUUUUGUGGUAGUCUGUUGUUUGGAGGCAACUUUCGCAUUUUUCUCAAUUUCCUAUAAGCUCUGCUGUAAUUUUUGUCCUUUCCGUAUGCAUAUGAGACAGGUGGAAAAAAAGACAUGGUUAUCGACUAUUAUAAUCUACUAUGUGUUACUGGAGUCUAGAAUUUACCUCUCAUUUUUGCAGAGAUAAAACAGAACAUCUAAUGGAAAUAUCAGAAGAAAAGAAACAGGAAAUCAUGAAAAAAGAAAAUGCCAAGUGAGUCUUCCUGUUUUAAUUUUUAAAGUUUCUUUCUGUGAUUCAUCCUUGGGUUGCGCCCCUAAAAGUUAAAUGGCCUUAUCUACCCAGCAAGGCAGCAAUAUUCUAUGUUUAGUUUUUGUGAUCCAUCUCCAGGGCCGAGUUGUUCAAAGCAGGGUUAAGUUAAUCCAGGGUUAGUGCGAAAUUUGAUUUCAUAUAUGAAAGCUUGAGAAGCAAAUUCAGUUGUAUUCUUUUUGCCUACAAUUGAUGAUUGGAUGCUGUAAAAAGAAGAGAGAAAAUUCUCCGGGAAAUGCUUUUGAACAAAAGAAAAAGAAACCCGGGUUAAAAUUUAACCCUGGGUUAGCGCUAAUCGGCCUUUGAACAACUCAGCCCAGGAGUUACUUUCUUGAUAUAGCAGUGCCCAGUCACCAGCAAAAGUUAUUAAUAACAAUUUUCCCAAACAUAUUCUUCAAGGAAACUUAAAACAACAAUGCAAAUACAAUUAAUGCUGUCUAACAGAUGCUCCCAUAAGCAGAGUGCUGUCGGUCAACCUUCAAAAAACACCUGUUUGAACUCCCAUACAAUAGACACUACAUUUUUGUAUUUCUGUAAGCAGAAACAAAUUUAAUAUUAAGAGGAAAACUAUUUUUGGUUUUUAUUCUCCUGUGAAUGAAUAUUAUUGUACAAUAAGACAAUGAAAGAAACAGGUAAACAACAAUAACGAUGGUCACACUGUAUUGUUCUUUUGUUAGUACAAUAUUUUAGUGUGAAUUUUCACAAGCUCCCAUAAGCUACCGCCCUUCUGUUAAUAAAUCCUAGAGAUGAGUCGGGCCAUUCCUGUUGGUCUCCACAGGGGCUGUGCUGUAGUAGCACCUGGUGGCCCCUGAUGACAGUAGGGCCAUUCCUGUUGGUCUCCACAGGGGCUGUGCUGUAGUAGCACCUGGUGGCCCCUGAUGACAGUAGGGUCAUUCCUGUUAGUCUCCACAGGGGCUGUGCUCUAGUGGCACCUGGUGGCCCCUUGAUGACAGUAGGGUCAUUCCUGUUAGUCUCCACAGGGAUGAGCUCUAGCAGCACCUGGUGACCCCUGGUGCCUUACUUUUGGUGCUUAAACAGUUUACAAAUCUUAGUUUUUUGCUAAGCGCCCUGAAUUUCGCAGUUUCAGUUUCAGAGCACUGGCCUCCCUUCAGUUUUUCUUAGAGCACAGCCUUGGGCCAGCUCCAGCUAGAAACACAUAUUCUGUUUCUCAAGGGUGUCUGUUUUCAGUGGCUUGUGUUGCAAAUGUGUUCAAACCCUAACUAGUAACAUCUGCAAAGAGGUGCCAAGAUCCUUGUUCUAGGGCCCCAACAGACUCAAUGAAUUACCAUACCUGAGUUUUGGAUUUCCCUUCAACCUGAUUGGCAAAUGGACAAUGGCUUUUUUAACAGGCCAAUGAUGGCACAUUGUCAAGUCCUGGUACAAAGAUGGGCCCAAAACAAGGAUUUCAGGGGUGGCUCAGAGACAGACAUAACCAGAGGAUUGGUUGCAUCUGUCACGCAGGCUAAUAUUUGGGAGUUUCAACUGAGUGUAUAAUAAUAUCAAUUUAAAAAUAACUAGGGAAAAGGUCUGAUACUUAUCAGCUCUUUUGAAACAAAAAGAGCUUAUUCUGAUGUUCACUAAACUUUGAAAACCAGAAUCAGAAGGAAAUUAAUAUUAUUCUUACUGUUUAUUUCAGGACCAACAGCUCUUUUUAUCAAUGACGAUGGAGCAGUGGUAUUUUACAGGUGUGUAAAGAUUACCAACAUAACAGACUCGACCUGAAAUUACUUUUGGGGGCAUUUAUUGCAUUGUAGCAUUCUGUAACAUUGCCCAACAGACAAACAAAUCAGAGUAGCUUUCCACUUGCUCCAGAAUUCUGAUGGCAUGCAGACAGUGCAAAAGUUAAUGUUUCUGUGCAUUCCUUUUAGAAUGUGGUUAAUCAAGCUCACUGUGAAUAACCUGAACACUUUUACUAAAGAUUUAAGAGGGGGCUCUGGAAAUGAAAAUGGUGAUCCUACAAUUUUGAGGUUUCACAUUCAUUAGACCAUUUUUAUCCCCCCACAUUUUAAAAAUUUACCCAACUUCACGCUGUUAUUAUCAUUGUCAUCAUCAUUAUAGGUCCUGCAUGUUCCCAUUGGUAGAAACUAGAUUAGAGCACCAACAGAAACUGUACCAGCCUUAUUAUUUGCCACAAUGAUAGAAAAGAGCAAAACAAUGAUGGAAAGUUAUAAAUAAAACACCGGCACAGUAUUUUGUGGUAGUCUGUUGUUGGGAGGCAACUUUCGCAUUUUUUUAAAUUUCCUAUAAGCUCUGCUGUAAUUUUUGUCCUCUUCGUGUGCAUAUGAGACAGGUGGAAAAAAGACAUGGUUAUUGACUAUUAUAAUCUACUAUGUGUUACAGGAAUCUAGAAUUUACCUCUCAUUUUUGCAGAGAUAAAACAGAACAUCUGAUGGAAAUAUCAGAAGAAAAGAAACAGGAAAUCAUGAAAAAAGAAAAUGCCAAGUGAGUCUUUCUGUUUUAAUACAGUGUGGUUUGGUCAGUCUAAAGCUUGUGAUUUUUGUUAACUUUGUGAAGUUUCUUUCUGUGAUUCAUCCCAGGGCUGGGCCCCUAAAAGUUAAAUGGCAUCAUCUACCCAGCAAGGCAGCAAUAUUCUAUGUUUAGUUUUUGUGAUCCAUCUCCAGGGCCGGGUUGUUCAAAGCAGGGUUAAGUUAACCCAGGGUUUGUGCGAAAUUUGAUUUCAUAUAUGAAAGCUUGAGAAGCAAAUUCAGUUGUAUUCUUUUUGCCUACAAUUGAUGAUUGGAUACUGUAAAAAGAAGAGAGAAAAUUAUCCGGGAAAAUGCUUUUGAACAAAAAAAAAGAAACCCGGGUUAAAAUUUAACCCUGGGUUAGCACUAAUCGGCCUUUGAACAACUCAGCCCAGGAGUUUCUUUGUUGCUACAGCAGUGCCCAGUCAUCAGCAAAAGUUAUUAAUAACAAUUUUCCCAAACAUAUUCUUCAAGGAAACUUAAAACAACAAUGCAAAUACAAUUAAUGCUGUCUAACAGAUGUUCCCAUAAGCAGAGUGCUGUCGGUCAACCUUAAAAAAACACCCGUUUGAACUCCCAAACGAUAGACACUACAUUUUUGUAUUUCUGUGAGCAGACACAAAUUUAAUAUUAAGAGGAAAACUAUUUUUGGUUUUUAUUCUCCUGUGAAUGAAUAUUAUUGUAUAAUAAGACAAUGAAAGAAACAGGUAAACAACAAUAAUGAUGGUUACACUGUGUUGUUUUUUUGUUGGUACAAUAUUUUAGUGUGAAUUUUCACAAGCUCCCAUAAGCUACCGCCCUUCUGUUAAUAAAUCCUAGAGUCCUGUUGGUCUCCACAGGGGUUGUGCUGUAGUAGCACCUGGUGGCCCCUGAUGACAGUAGGGUCAUUCCUGUUUGUCUCCACAGGGGCUGUGCUCUAGUGGCACCUGGUGGCCCCUUGAUGACAGUAGGGUCAUUCCUGUUAGUCUCCACAGGGCUGAGCUCUAGCAGCACCUGGUGACCCCUAGUGCCUUACUUUUGGUGCUUAAACAGUUUACAAAUCUUAGUUUUUCGCUAAGCGCCCUGAAUUUCACAGUUUCAGUUUCAGAGCAGUGGCCUCCCUUCAGUUUUUCUUAGAGCACAGCCUUGGGCCAGCUCCAGCUAGAAACACAUAUUCUGUUUCUAGAGGGUGUCUGUUUUCAGUGGCUUGUGUUGCAAAUGUGUUCAAACCCCAACUAGUAACAUCUGCAAAGAGGUGCCAAGAUCCUUGUUCUAGGGCCCCAACAGACUCAAUGAAUUACCAUACCUGAGUUUUGGAUUUCCCUUCAACCUGAUUGGCAAAUAGACAAUGGCUUUUUUAACAGGCCAAUGAUGGCACAUUGUCAAGUCCUGGUACAAAGAUGGGUCCAAAACAAGGAUUUCAGGGGUGGCUCAUAGAUAGACAUAACCAGAGGAUUGCUUGCAUCUGUCACACAGGCUAAUAUUUGGGAGUUUCAACUGAGUGUAUAAUAUUAUCAAUUUAAAAAUAACUGGGAAAAGGUCUGAUACUUAUUAGCUCUUUUGAAACAAAAAGGGCUUAUUCUGAUGUUCACUAAACUUUGAAAACCAGAAUCAGAAGGAAAUUAAUAUUAUUCUUACUGUUUAUUUCAGGACCAACAGCUCUAGUUCUAGAGUUGGCAGACUUUUACACAAAGAAAGAGCUCUUAAAAUUUAUACUCAUGACGAUAAACCCAGCAACUGAAAGCAGAAGGAAACACUGAUCAUUGCAAAGUAAAACAAAAUCAAUUCUGUAGGACCUAGUCUGGCUAAACCUGGCUACCCUGGAUUGAGUAGACAGUGAUAAGCAGGGUUGUCAGAAAGUUUUGAAGUAGACAGCUUAGUUGUCAAAGUAAGCAGCCAGUCCAGGUAUAUUUUAUUUAAAAACGCCAUCCGUAAAGAAAUGCCAAGCAGAGUAGCCGGCCAAUACUAACCAAGUAGGCAGCAAUUUUUGCCGUCAGCCGGCUACUUACGACAACCCUGGUGUUAAGAUGGUCUUUAAGAUUCCAAUUAUUGUGACAUAUUUUUUGCAGGAUUGUGCGUUAGAAUUAUUUCAGUAGGACUUUUUCAUGUUGACUGUCAGUAGGCUUUUGAAAAUGAAAUUGUAUUAAAGCCCUUGUGAUAAACUUCACAAGGGUUUGAUUUAUUUUCACAUAAAUGAUAUUUUUUGUCAGUUAAAAGCAUAGUAAUUCAUUUUUUUAAUUUUUUUUUUUUGCUCAGUGCAUGCACCCCAAAACCUCAUUUCCAGGGUUCUCUGGUAGGAGAGGACCCUGGUAACAAGGUUGCAUGCACCCCAGCGGGGUACUAUAGUAAGUGGAAUAGAUUUCUAAAUAUAGCUUACUGUUCAGUUUCCUCUAGAACUGUAAAACCAGAAUCAGAAGGAAAUUAAUAUUAUUCUUACUGUUUAUUUCAGGACCAACAGCUCUAGUUCUAGAGUUGGCAGACUUUUACACAAGGAAAGAGCUCUUAAAAUUUAUACUCAUGACGAUAAGCCCAGCAACUGA